UAUAUAUAUAUAUACCCAAAAAAAAAUAGAUUACAACAAAUAAAACAGAGAGAGAAGAAGAAAAAAAAAAGUGAAGACAAGCAGAAAGUAGCUAAACACACAAAAGAGGGCCAGCGCCAGGGCCUGCUGUCACUGUUUAUAAACAGAAACGGCAGCACCAUUUCCUCCGCCGGUUAUUCGUAUAUAUUUCUCCAUUUUUAUUGGAGAACAGAAAAAAUUCAAAUUAACAUUAGUAUUGUUUUUCUUCAAAAAUUUAAUUUGAUGGCGAAAACAUCAAAAUCGAAUACAACUUCAACUUCAACUUCAUCAUCAUCUUCUAGCAACAAAUGUGAUAGUAAAGCGAAACGUAGCAACAAAAUUGAUAGCAAUGCUAUUGGUAAAGUGAAACGAACACGAAAGAGCGUUCCUAGAGAUUCUCCUCCUCAACGUAGCUCAAUUUACAGAGGAGUAACUCGGCACCGAUGGACCGGCCGAUAUGAAGCUCAUCUUUGGGAUAAAAAUUGCUGGAAUGAAACACAGAACAAAAAAGGAAGACAAGUUUAUUUGGGAGCCUAUGAUGAUGAAGAAGCAGCUGCACAUGCAUAUGACUUAGCAGCGUUAAAGUAUUGGGGUCAAGACACCAUGCUUAAUUUCCCUAUUAUGACGUAUGAAAAUGAGCUAAAGGAAAUGGAAGGUCAAUCAAAAGAAGAAUAUAUUGGUUCUUUGAGAAGAAAAAGUAGUGGGUUUUCCAGAGGUGUAUCAAAAUAUAGAGGCGUAGCAAGACACCACCACAAUGGAAGAUGGGAGGCUCGAAUUGGAAGGGUAUUUGGCAAUAAAUAUCUCUACCUUGGAACAUAUGCUACUCAAGAGGAAGCAGCAACAGCAUAUGAUAUGGCAGCUAUUGAAUACCGUGGACUUAACGCCGUUACAAAUUUUGACCUUAGCCGUUACAUUAAAUGGCUACGUCCUUCUGACCAAACAAAUAAUGAUAAUACCAUUAUUAUCCCUGAACCAAAUCCUAACCCUAACCCUAACGACAUUCAUCUCAUGCCUAACACCAAAGACAAUACAAAUUUUACCCAACAACAACAAAUCUCCGGCUGCGAUGUACCAGUCGCGGCUCUGCCACAUCCAGGUGGCGGAGCUGCGACUUCAUCAGCAGCACUAGAGCUCUUGCUGCAGUCUACAAAGUUGAAGGAAAUGCUGGAAAGAAGAUCGGAGGUAAUUGAAUGCCCGGAAACUCCACCGGAGCCAGACAGACCACGGAGGAGUUUCCCGGAUGAUAUACAAACCUAUUUUGAUUGCCAAGAAUCAAGUAGCUUCAUUGAGGAGCAUGACAUUAUUUUUGGUGACUUAGAUUCUUUAACAUUGCCAAUGUUUCAGUGUGAGCUUAUUAAUUAAUUAAUUAAUAACUAUAGAGGUGAGAUAUAAAAAAA